AUGAGACGUUCCUAUUUUCUGUCAUCUUCGUCAAACCUUUUAAAUGUUAUAUCGUCAAUGACAUCGAAGCAGGACGGCUCGAGCAAACUAAGCUCCCUCUUGCUUUCCCCGUGCCCACCACUUGAGUCGCUGCCGUUUGUUCCACCUCCAAAGUGGACUGCCGAGCUUUCCCGAAGGCUUGAAAAGCAAUUUCCUGAGCUUCAACGACGACACCAUGUCCUCUACAUGCGCGCGUUCAUACAUCCUAGUUUCACCACACCCGAGGCGAUAACGUCAACAAUGAAUGCGACUGCUUCUUUGGGCGAGUCUCUACUUCAAUACAUUGGCGGGAAGUUGAUCGUGGACACUUUCACAGAGUUAAAGCGUGAAGAAGUUCUUUCCUUGGUGGCCUUUAUGAUGUCAGAUGCUGCUCUUAGCACCGUCAUGCGGCGUCAUUGGGAAAUGGAAGAUAUGGUUCUGACAGACGCCUCAGUGCAACUGUUUCAAGGGAAAGCGUUAAGAUCUACGGCAGGUUUGUUACAAUGGCUCUCAGCGAAAGGGAAACAGCAAACUCCUGAUCCUCACUGUGCAGUCUCUGUGAAAUCAAUGAUAGGAGCUGUGUAUUUAGACCAGGGUUUAGAGGCGGCGAACGUGUUUGUUUACAAACAUGUUUUGCAGGCUUUGGAAUGA